UUCAUCCAAAAACUAGUUUCUUUACAUUUUUAGCAUCCAUUUCAAGUCUAUCUUCUAGUAAGCACAAUUACAAGAAAACAUGGCUAUUUCUGUCAACUAUUUUUCCACUCUUAUGAUCUGCAUGAUUUUGCUUUUGCCUGCACUUUGCUAUGGUACUCAGAGCUAUGAUUCCAAAGCUACAUUUUAUAAGACCUCCGAUGGCAAAGGAACACCAAGUGGAGCUUGUGGUUAUGGAGAGUAUGGCAGAAAUGUGAAUGAUGGGCUGGUUACCGCCGCAUCCUGGAAACUCUAUAAGAAUGGAGUUGGUUGUGGUGCAUGUUAUCAGGUGAGGUGCAAGGACAAGGCACUAUGCAGUGACGUGGGAGUUAAGGUGAAGGUGACAGACAGUGGAGAAGGGCCAGGAACUGACUUCAUUCUAAGCUCAGAUGCUUUCGCCAAAAUGGCUAAACAUCCUAAGUUAGCUCACAUGUUGUUCCCAAAGGGCGUGGUCGAUGUCGAUUACAAAAGAGUUUCUUGCAAAUAUGGCAAUCUCAUUAUCAAGGUCAAUGAACAUAGCAACUAUAAUGGCUACCUUGCCAUACUUCUAUUGAACAACGGUGGUUACGCUGAUAUCCUAGCCGUAGAAAUAUACGAGGAAAAAAGCCACAAAUGGAUAGCAAUGAGGAGGUCAUAUGGAGCAGUAUUCGACUUGUCCAACCCACCAAAGGGAAAUCUGAAGCUGAAGAUCCAAAUAAAAGAAGAUGGAAAAACCAAAUGGGUGCAGUCUGACAAGACUGUUAUCCCUGAUCACUGGAAGGCUGGAUCUGCCUAUGAAACUGACAUUCAGAUUCCUUGAACAAGUAUAUAUAAUUCGCUAGUUUGUAAUUUCUCUGUUAUGGUUUGGAGUCAAAUGAAGUUUGUGUAGGUCAUCAGCCAUUGUGGUUUAACCAAAUGUUUGUUUGUUAAUAAUAAGGCUGAAAUUCGUGUAUUGUUGUAAAGAGAAUAUGAAAUAAAACAUUGCCGUAUCUUGUGUUAUU